UUUUGAAUCAGUAAAUGGACCAGGAAAGCUAUAACUCAAGUUGUGAAAAAGAUAGUAUAAAUUAUGAUACAAUACAUGAAGAUAUUGCCAAAAGUUUUAGAGUAGAUUCGAGUAUUAAUGGGUCUACUGUGGAAGUAAAUACCCUAUACAAUAGAUAUACUGAACCUUUUAAAGCAAUUAGGAUAAAUAAGAUGCAAAUUAAUAACAUCGGAGCAAAAAAGAAAUCAAAAACUCCAAAACCAAACUUCAAACCCCAUCAAAAAUACCGCUCCUCCAAAUCAGAGGAGAGAAGACCCAAAUUCAACCUAAAAUCUCAAAAAGAAAAGCUAACCAACACUUUCUACCGUACAAUUCUUGACCCGAACUCCUCAUUUCCCCAAAAUCCCAAGCUCCAUACCUUAAAACCUACUAAUCCUCUAUCAAGUUUCAACCAGACUACCAAACACAAGGUGUCAAAAGACCUGCAGAAAGCCUUAAACCUAAAGGUUGAUUAUCAAGCGAAAGCAGUGGGAUUGAAUAAGACUUCAGCCAUGAAGUAUAAUUUGGUCAGGCAGUUCUUGGAAACCAGGGCUGUAGGGGAGUUAUAUACUUUUCAUGAGGAUUGGAAAGGAAGGAGGAAAGAUUUGGAUGUUAAUAAUAUGAUGCGUCAAUCUUCUCCUACUGGCUCUCCAAAGAAUGCUUCUCAGUUGCAUACCUACUCUAUCCCAGAAACGUGCUCCAAACCUAAAUCAGCAGUUAAAACUUCCUCUACUAAACCGCUUGCGAAGAAAAGCUUACAAGUGAUUUCAAGAAGCAUAUACUCUAACAAACAACCAGAAAGAGCUAUCAGCCAAGAUCAUACUAAGAAAGCAAGAAUGAUUAGGAGAAUGCAACAAGAGAAGGCAGCUCAAGAGCAUUUGAAGAUCAUUGAAAGAUCAAAUCGUCCAUACAUGAAGAAAAUGAACCAAUUAUAUUAUGAAAAUCUUAACAAGAGCGUUUAUGGUCUAGAACACCAAAAUAACUUCUCUACUGGAAGAAGCUGGAAUACAAGAGCUAAGUCUAAGAGCUAUUAUGGAAAACCUUGGGGAAAUCAGAUGAUUAAAUAAGAAAACUAUCGAGUUCUCGGACCAACAGAAGCCUAUCUCAAAGAAGCACAAGCCUAGCUUCUCUAAGAAGAUUGACUUGUUUACCAACUCUGAUUUGAAAGAUCUUGAUAUGCUAGAUCCUCAGUAUUAUCCGCCUCCUGAACAGGAUCCUCCUUUCUACAAUUCUGAAUUGCUAGGAAAUGUUCUGGAUACUUUGAAUGAGUCUAGGAAAUCUCCGAAAAGAGAUGUACCCUCCCUUUCUGGUAUAAAUAUCUCAAAUUUAAAAUAAGCAACUCCAGGAUCUUCCUUCUGGACAAAAAAAGAAAAGAACCCUUGAAGUGGAAAGUAACCAGAGACCUGCCACUUCUCAUGAAAGAUUUUCUAAAUUACUCUAAAACAUCAUGUUAAACACUAUAAAAAAGUAAAAAUUCCCUCUCCACCCACCCCUCACCCUCCAUUCCUCCCUCCCAACCCCAAAACUCCCCAUCCUCUCCUUCCACCCCCAAAACCCUAGCCCAGAAACCCUACUUCUCCAAGUUCAAAUCUAAAGCAUCCUAAACAGCAGAGAAAGACCCCUAAUGAGGUUGAUACAUAAGAAUAAGCCUUAAGAGAAGAUUAUUUGUGAGUGGGGAGGGAUAGUGGUAGGAAGAUAGGCGAGAUGGGUGAUUUUUAGUGUUAUGAGUCUGGAUUGGUAGAUAGUGGAGGGGUUGUUAGGCUUCUGUGGGUUGGAGGAUGGAGAUUUUAGGGUUGAUGGAUUUGAUUUUAUUGUGUGUAGGUUUUCUUUUGAGAAGAAGCUUUUGAUUUUUAAUUGUGAAUUGUCUCUAUUGUAAAAUUUAUCUAUUAUCCCUUUGCUGAUGACCUAAAUUCCAUCAUAUAAUCUCUAUAAAACACCUCAAUCCCCACUCUCCUCUCUCCAAACCCCGCUAACCAACCUCUACUUUAUUCUUUUACUCCACUCCACUUCUCUUCCCAUGU